AUGUUCCUUCUCAACCACCGCCAGACUUUCGGUCCACCACCAGACUUUCGCCCGUCACUGUACUUCUUCCCAUCGUCGGACUUCCGUCGGACUUCUGCCCGACGCAUGACUUUCGUCCAUCUACAGACUUUCACCCGUCGCCGUACUUUACCCCACGCUAGACUGACGCCAGAGUUCCGUAAUUCUAACUCUUCCUUUGAUGAUAUAAAUUUGCAACGGGAUCUUACAGAAGGAUAUUAUGAUGCGGGGGACAAUGUGAAAUUUGGCUUGUCUAUGGCUUUCACAGUCACCUGCAACUUUGCAUGGGCAGCACUUGCCUACUAUAAUAAGCUCCAAGCUGCAGCAGCUGAACUAGUAAAUGUUCAGGCUGACGUUUGCUGGGAAACAGAUUACUUCCUCAAGACUGCCGCACGUAAAAACAAUCUCUGGUUUAGGGAAAAGUAUUACAUACGGUGUCCGGAUUCGUCCGGACAUCAAUCCAUACACGCCACGUCACCCAGAUACAUCCGAGGCCCAGUGUAUCCAGGUGAUGUGGCGCGUGAUGUGCUACAAGAAACUUAUGAUGACUGACCAUUCUACUGCUCCUAUUCUGGUAACAAUGAUGAGCUGUUGUGGGCUGCAUCGUGGCAAUGCUUAGCGCCGAGGAGAGAAAUGUACCAGAAAUGCAACAGAGAAGUCAUUACAGCCAGUGUGGCUGAAUUUGGCUGA